GUCUUACCAGCCUGAGGAGAACUAGUUGACCUCAGUACAUCUUCAGAUCAGCUGUAACUGACCUGAAACAGGCCCAGAGACCCCACAGACUACUACUACCACUGUUAAGACAGCCUCGGAGUACGGCAGCAGGGCAGGCAGUGUCAACAUGACUGACAGGGGGAACUUCAGCACUCCCAAAGUCCAGCCUCGGCCCACUGCCCCACCCGUGCUCCCUCCAGAGCCCAUCAGCAUCAUUCGUACCAAAGCCCGCUCCCGGCGGGUCCGGCUCAACGUGGGGGGUCUCACUCAUGAAGUGCUGUGGAGGACACUUGACCGGCUGCCCCGGACCCGUCUGGGCCGGCUCAGAGACUGUAACACCCACGAGUCUCUGCUGGAGAUCUGCGACGACUACAGUCUGACUGAAAACGAGUAUUUCUUUGAUCGGCAUCCGGUGGCCUUCUCCUCCAUCCUCAACUUCUACAGGACGGGGAAGCUGCACAUGAUGGAAGAGAUGUGUGCCCUGUCCUUUGGGCAGGAGCUGGACUACUGGGGCAUCGAUGAGAUCUACCUGGAGUCCUGUUGUCAGGCCCGGUAUCACCAGAAGAAGGAGCAGAUGAAUGAAGAACUGAGGAGGGAGGCAGAGACGUUAAGAGACAAGGAUGGAGAAGAAGAGGACCAGGGCUGCUGUCCUGACAAAAGACAGAAGCUCUGGGACCUUUUAGAGAAACCCAGCUCCUCUGUAGCUGCCAAGAUCCUGGCCAUGAUCUCCAUCCUUUUCAUCAUCAUUUCUACAAUCUCAUUAUCGCUCAACACUCUGCCGGAACUUCAGGUUGCGGAUGAAUUUGGUCAGUUCAAUGACAACCCCACUUUAGCCCAUGUGGAAGCUGUUUGCAUUGCCUGGUUUACCAUGGAGUACCUGCUUCGCCUGCUGUCAGCACCCAACAAGUGGAAUUUUAUCAAAGCACCACUGAACAUCAUUGAUCUGCUGGCUAUACUGCCUUACUAUGUGACUCUUUGCCUGACUGAAUCUAAUAAGAGUGUGAUGCAGUUCCAGAAUGUGCGCCGUGUGGUCCAGAUUUUUCGUAUUAUGAGGAUUCUGAGAAUUUUGAAACUGGCCAGGCACUCAACUGGACUACAAUCUUUAGGCUUCACUUUGCGAAGGAGCUAUAACGAGCUAGGCCUCCUCAUCCUCUUUUUAGCUAUGGGCAUUAUGAUCUUCUCUAGCUUGGUGUUUUUUGCAGAGAAAGAUGAGGAUGCUACCAAAUUCACUAGCAUUCCCGCCUCCUUCUGGUGGGCUACCAUUACAAUGACAACUGUUGGUUAUGGGGACAUUUACCCACAAACCCUUUUAGGCAAAAUUGUUGGAGGGCUCUGCUGUAUAGCAGGUGUGCUAGUUAUUGCUCUUCCCAUUCCUAUCAUUGUCAACAACUUCUCAGAGUUUUACAGAGAACAGAAAAGGCAAGAGAAGGCUAUCAAGAGAAGGGAAGCUCUUGAACGAGCCAAACGUAGUGGAAGCAUUGUUUCUAUAAAUGUAAAAGAUGCAUUUACACGGAGCAUGGAACUCACAGAUGUGUUGGUGGAAAAAAGAGAAGAGAACAAAUGUCCUGUUGACAAUCACCUUUCUCCCAGUCGUUGGAGUUACCACAAACACUACUCAAACACUGAGGUUGGUAGCCCAGUUAGGUCCCAAGAGUAUCAAGAGAUCACUCAGCAAGGCUCCCCUGAACGGGGCAAAUCAUCAUCAAACAAGUCUUCCCCUCAACAUCGCAAUGCAAAGCUUCAAGAAAAUCCUUACAAGACCACUGGUAUCCAGGAAAAACAGAACAAACCUACAGGAGAACAGAGAAAGAUGAAUGCCUUGGCCUCUAUUCAAGCACAGCAAACUUCCCCUAAAGUCAGCAAUCCUGGAAAAGUUUCCACUGUGGUCGAUAACCCUUUAUUAGAAAGAGCAGAGAGAAGCUCCCUACUACCCACUGCUGAAGGAGGUCACACUAGUUUUAGGCAGCGUGUCCCACCACCCCUGGAUCUAAGUCAGAUCAGUACCAUGGAUCAGGGGCCUGACAGUGUCCUACCAAUGACCAUCAUCAAAGAGGGUUUGUAUGAGUUUGUGUCCAAUCCCCAAAAAUGUUCAUCCGAAGAGAAAAAUUUGUUAAAACAUAGAAAGGAAAACAUUGGUGUGGUCUGUGACAGCGCAUGUAGCUCUGUGCAAGAUUUUAGUAGCCCUCAAACAAUGCAAGCCCUCAAAGUUGACUUCAUCGGAGCUCAGGAUGACAUUCUUAUGGCUGUGAUGACUCCUGUCGCAACCCCAGCUUCCACUGGCUCCCCCAAGUGGAAUCAGAUACUUUCUGAGGACAUGACUUCCAAGUUUUCUAAAUCUCGUAGUUCUUUAACACAUGAGGCUAAUACUCUGCAAUCAACCUCCCUGCCUCCAUCCCCGAAGCAACAGUCUGCCAGUUCAAGCAACUCUCAAGGGGGAGGAGAGAGUUCAGCAGUCAGAAGCUUAGAAGGUGAAGUGCAGCUCACGGGCUUAAGCCAGCAUGGAAUGAAUCACAUGGAGAGGUCUGCUGUUGGCUCAAGCAGUGGUUCCAGUCGACUGUCAUUGAAAAUGAGCCCACUCAACUGCACACAGGAGAUGGUACCUGUAGGGGUAGACGGCGAUGGAAGACCAGGACAUAGAGGGGAAAAACAAGAAAAUCACAUUGUUCUAGAUGGAAGCUUAACCCCACAGAGUGAGACAAGUAUGUGA